AUGGAGAACGUCUCCUCGCACACACAUUUCCUCCUGGACGGCUUCAGUGAGCUGGGAGCGCUGAGGCCCGUCCUCUUCAUCCCGUUCUUCAUCAUGUUCGUCGUGGCGCUGUCGGCCAACUCCCUGCUGCUGUACGUCGUCGUUUCACAGAGAAGCCUCCACUCGCCGAUGUACGUCCUCAUCGCCGGCAUGGCGUGCGUGGACCUGAGCCUCCCGCUGUUCUUCGUCCCCAACAUGCUGCUGAGCUUCCUGUUUGACUGGAGGGGGAUCUCUCUGAUCGGCUGCCUCGUUCAGAUGCACUUCGUUCACUUUGUAGGAGCUUUUCAGUCGACUCUUCUGGUCUGGAUGGCGCUGGAUCGCUACUUUGCCAUCUGCACGCCACUCUACUACCACGAGCGCAUGGCGUUACCCAGAUUCCUCAAGUUCAUUAUCCCGCUUGUAGUCAGAAAUGUCCUCAUGGUCACCCUGUUUGUGAGUCUGGCGGGAUCGUUGUCGUUCUGCGCUGAAAAUGUGAUGAACCACUGUUUCUGCGAGCACAUGGCCUUAGUGCAGCUGGCCUGUGGAAGCACCGCCAUCAACAACCUGGUCGGGUUAAUGGCCAUAUUUCUCAUCCCUGUGGCCGACUUCGUCUUCAUCGCUGCCUCCUAUGUGGUCAUAUUCAGCUCCGUGCUGAGCUCCGGCAGGUCCGCGGUCAAAGCGCUCCACACCUGCUUCACCCACAUCGUGGUCAUCACCGUCAGCCUGACCAUUGCACUUGUUGCUUUCCUGUCGUAUCGGAUCAGAAACGGUCUUCCUGCCGCCAUGAGGGUUUUCUUCAGCACCAUGUACCUGUUGUUCCCGAGCUGUUUCAACCCGAUCAUCUACGGCAUCAGAACCGCAGAGAUCCGACAGCAGAUCCUGAAGACCCUGAUGCAUAGUCGCUUUGUCCGAACUGUUCGUCAUUCUUAA